AUGGAGAAACUUCCUGAGGAUGUUAUACCAGAGAUACUUUCAAGGUUGCCAGUUGAGACCAAGUUACAGUGCAAGCAUGUAUGCAGAACAUGGAGAAAGCUCCUCGAUCAUGUUAAGGUAGGUACCUUUAUUGCGUUAGGGUUUGAAGGUUAUGAAAAGCAUAACAAUGCCAGAUUUUUCUACACGGAGAAAGCACACGAUGGAAUUAACAUAGACGGUGCGGUUGAUUUCAAUAAGCAGUACCCUUGGUAUGAGGUUUCUAGAUACGAGCGACAGCGUCGUAAUGUUGCGAACUGGUUCGAUAAUGAUAUCAUAGUUGGUUCAUCUAAUGGUUUGGUUUGUUUGGCUAUAGUAAUGCUCAACAUACAUGAUCCUGUCUUCGUCUUUAAUCCCUUCAUUCCGGAAGAAUUUAUUACUCUUCCACCGAUAAGAACAUCAAUAAUGGACGAUGGUCGACUAGUUGUUAGUGGGUUUGGUUAUGCUCGUUCCACGGAUGAGUAUAAGGUUAUUAGAGUUUAUUAUUCUGAUAAUAAUGAUGAUCCAGACCUUGGACAAGUGGAGGUAUACACUAUCGGUAGUGGUUAUGGAUGGAGAAAUAAAGGAGAAAUCAGUUACCGCUUAUGCGAUUCACCUGGUGUUCUUGUUGAUGGAGUUCUACAUUGGUUAGAUUAUAAACAGCGGAAGAUUGUCGCCUUCGAUCUAGUAACCGAGGAGUUUAGGGAUUUUCUAUCACCACCUUGUUUCUGGCUUUUCGAGAAUGUCAAUCCAUCUGGUGCGUCCUUGUCACUUGAUAAUUUUCGACUCCGCGUAUUGGGCGGUUUUCUUUGUCUUGUUCAUAAGAACAAAGGCAAACAAUUAAACAUAUGGGCCCUAAAAAGGAAGGAAGGGAAGGUGCACAAAUGUGAGUGGGUUUGGAGCAAGGAGUUCAGUAAGGAAUACCUAAAGAAAGACCACACUUACCAGCCAUCUGCUAUUACAAAGAACAACAAACUUUUACUGCAGUAUGGUGAUCACAAUCUUUUGUGGUAUGAUCCAAAGAUUGCAGCACUUGUUAAUUUUAGUGAUCAUGAGCAACUUAGCGAAGAUGUCAAAUAUUAUCAGGCAAUUCCUCAUAUGAAAACUUUUGUUUCGGUGGUAACUCUUGAAGGAAAAGCUCAAGCGAUCAGUGCAUACCAACCAAAAAAAAAAAAGAAAUCCCCCUUUGUAAAGGGUGCAUUUUUUACCCAACUGGGAAGGAUUACUUGGCUUGAGCCUGGUGUGGAGAACACUUACAAUGAUAUAGUCGAGAGGCAACAUAAAUCUAAAUCGGCGGAGUUUGUAACUUAUUUCAUUCUAUUUCUUUUUAUUAUUUAUUUUUUGUUAGUUAAGUAG